UGUGUGUUUCGGGUUCGGACAUUUUCUGGAAAAGCGUUCUGAAAUAAAUGUUCGGCUGAUCAUGGUAAAUAUAGAGGUUAUUUUGUAAACGCAAAUCCGUCGUGCGCGCCUGUAUACAAACAUUCAGACAACGCGGCUAGUGGCAUAGAACAACAAACGUUUAGUUUUAACUCGCGGUAAGUGUAUCCACAUCCGUGUCACGCCAUAUUAAAUGGCCAGUCGAUCUGCUGCUGCUGUUAUUGCUGCCACAACAGGCCUGGCAAACAGCACAGUAGCGGCGGCGGUGGAUGCUAUUAAUAAUGUGCUAACCUCGAGCUCCAUACACUCGAACAAUGUGAACAUUUCGAACAAUAUUGCUGGGUCCACAAACUCGGAUGCACAUGAUGGAGCCGCGAGAGUUGACGGCGAGGCUUCCAAGCCUGUGUAUCCGCGCCUUUUCAACAAAAUCGUCCUAACGCUGGAAAACAGCCUUAUACCAGAAGAUAAGAUUGAUGUGACGCCAUCUAGCCAAGAUGGUCUUGACCAUGAGACGGAGAAGGAUUUGCGCAUACUGGGCUGUGAGCUGAUACAAACUGCCGGCAUUCUGCUAAAGCUGCCGCAGGUGGCUAUGGCCACUGGUCAGGUUCUGUUUCAACGCUUCUUUUACUCGAAGAGCUUUGUGCGGCACAACAUGGAGACAGUAGCCAUGAGCUGUGUGUGCCUGGCAUCUAAAAUCGAAGAAGCGCCCAGACGCAUUCGCGAUGUUAUUAACGUAUUUCAUCAUAUUAAGCAAGUACGCGCCCAAAAGGAAAUUGCACCCAUGAUAUUGGAUCAAUAUUACACUAAUCUAAAGACGCAAGUGAUUAAGGCAGAGCGUCGUGUGCUGAAGGAAUUGGGCUUCUGUGUGCACGUCAAGCAUCCCCAUAAGCUUAUCGUAAUGUAUCUACAGGUGCUGCAGUACGAGAAGCACGAAAAGCUUAUGCAAAUGUCAUGGAAUUUUAUGAAUGACUCGUUACGCACGGACGUAUUCAUGCGUUAUACGCCCGAGGCCAUAGCCUGUGCCUGCAUUUACCUGAGCGCCCGUAAGCUGAUUAUACCGCUGCCUAAUAAUCCACCUUGGUUUGGCAUAUUCCGUGUCCCCAUGGCUGACAUAACGGAUAUAUGCUAUCGGGUUAUGGAGCUAUACACGCGUGCAAAGCCAACUGUCGAGAAGUUGGAAGCCGCCGUCGAUGAGCUAAAGAAACGUUACAUCGAUGCCAGAAAUAAGACAAAGGAGGUGAACACGCCGCCUGCAGUUAUAACUGUGGAUCGAAAUAAUGGCUCGCACAAUGCCUGGGGUGGUUUUAUACAGCGUGCAGUGCCCCUGCCAUUACCAUCGGAGAAGUCGCCGGAAAAGGAUUCACGGUCACGUUCCAGGAGCCGUACGCAGUCACGCACGCCGCGAUCACGUUCACGCACACGCUCACCUAGCCGGGAACGCACGAAAAAGUCACACCGGGACAGGGAGCGCGAGCGUGACCGGAGCCGGUCUUCAAGAUCACGCUCCCGUUCGCCACCCAAACACAAAAAGAAAUCACGCCACUAUUCGCGCUCUCCUUCCAGCUCACCUCACAGUAAACAUCGAAAAAGGAAAUCUUCGCGGGAACGCUCCGAUUAUUAUGUCAAGAAGGAACGCUCAAGUAAUGCGGGCUGCAAUAAUGCCAGCGAUAGCAACGAUAAGUACCGCAACUCUAGCUCCAAUUCAGGCAAACAUAGUCGCUAUUCAUCGCAUCGAAGCAGUGGAGGAGGAGGACAUGGUAGCCGUGGAGGUCACAAGCAUCGUGACGGUGAACGUUCCAGAGAUCGCAAACGUUAGAUUAUAAGUAGAAGUCUAUAGAUAAUCAUAUACCACCCCGAUUCAGCAUACGUUUUUUUUCUUUAUUUGGAUUUCAAUUAAGGGUUCCACCAUUUUAAUAUGCAAUAUUUAUAUGAAAUAAUAAAAAGGUAAUAAACUUGUUUCCACACAUGAAAA